CAUGCUGAUCUACUACCUUCAGGCCAUUGCCAGAUCCCUUAAAUUCACCAACAACCAGCUGAGGAUGCAGCUUCAGACUGAGAGAACAGAAGACAAGAAGAAGGUAUUACAGCUGGCUUCAGCGAGGCUACAGGCCCCAGAGGUCCCCGGGGGGGACAGGAAGCCUGACCAGCAGGAUGGUGACAUCACCAGCCGCGAGUCGUCCAUUCGCACGCCGUCGCCACGACCCAACGGCAGUGUCACAAACUUCCAGUCGCCCGAUCGUCGCGGCAACGGCAUCCGCACCAUCACCCAGUCGGCAUCGAGGGCCGAGACCGCUAGGGCGACAUUUGCUGCUGGGGCGUCUAGAAGUCCAACAGUGUCCAUAAUUCACAAGCAAAGGCCGGAGAACAUCCCUAACAGACACCCUUCCUACCUGGGAGGCCCUAGCGGUACCUGCAGGUCCAAGUCCUACCACCAUGUGGCGUACAACCCCCCGACACGCUACUCCUCAGAGAACAUCCACUCCGACCCACUCUACAGGAAGACCAUCAGGCCCAUGCACUCCGCAGAGGCAGCUGGGAUAGUGACCGCCCAGAGCUACGUGGGCCGUCGCCCCUACACCACGCGCUACGUCAUCGUCAACGAGCACGAAGCUAGGAAAAAGUUGCUUCGAUCAGCCACACGCGUCCCUCGCCACUUCCGAGCGGAGGACCCYGUGGGUGAAAUCGUAGAGCUGAUCCCGCGGAAUAUCAAGCGGUAUACUCCAAGGGCMCCGCAUCUGCAUGGGCACCCACAUAGGUCGAAUCCGGCGCAGUCACACCUGAGUGAUGAAGAGCAGGAGGAAGAGGCAGGGGGGAAGAGGGAGUCUAGGAGGGGGUCGUUCGGGCAGACUCACCGGCCCCGCUCACUCUCCGACCUCCACCAGCCGGCUCGCUUCUACAUCGGAGAGCGCCUGGAGACCAAGCUGUCUAUGCGUCACUGGCGCAAAAAGACAGCCACACUGCUAGGGGCUGCUACGGCGGCUGAAAGCCAAAAACAGAGCCAUUUCAUGCUCAUAGACACCAAGGGGCGAGAGUGA